AUGUCUUCAGAAGGGCGCGAAUGCUCAAAAUGCCCCAACGCACCAGAGAACACUCAGCACAAAACACAUUCCUGCGAGAAAAAGUGGCCCUUUUGGGAAGACCAAGUCUGUGAUAUUUGUUUCAGCCCCGCUCAUUCAUGCUCUCUCUGUCCCACGAAAACUGAUGGUCAAAUUAUUUGUGACAUUUGUGGACAUUUGCAUAGCAAGAGGGUUUGUCCCUUUAAAGCGGCCCCUGACCCUAAACAAUAUACGAGAGAAAAAUAUGAAGCAUUCAUGAGACAAAAUCCCCCAAGGAAUAAUCCACAAACAGUCCCGUCCACUUCAUCUGCAGGCCCUUCACAGAGUGCACCCUCGACGGCAACCUCUGUGCCACAAGUCCAAACUCAUUCAACUCAAGCUCAACCUCUCCCACCAGGCUCGGUCGAACUCGUCGCAAAUUUCGUUCCACCAGCCAAGACAGCAGAAGAAGUCGAAGAAGAGAAUCGGGCAAGUGGAUUUCAAAAAUUGGUUCAUCGUCAGGCGACAGCCGUUGAAGAUAGAGGCGCCGAUUUAUUUGCUCCUGUUCAGGCCAACUACUUCAAAGUCACCUUCAACUCCGAUCUUGAUCUGCGAAGAUACAGGAUUCACCUUGAUAAAAUCAAUCUCAAAGACGUUGUCAAGCGUGAACUUCGUCGUACUUUGAUCAAAGAGCUACUUCUACAAAACCCACCUUCGGGAAUUUGGGUUUCGGACUAUUCGGAGUACAUUGUCUCUGUCGGCAAACUUUAUCCAGACUUAACUGAUGUACCAGGAGCCACUGUUGAAGUUCUUCAUCAUCGUCCUGGUCAAGAACAAACCUGGGUUCCAAUGCGAAGCUUUAUCAUUUACGAAGGCCCUUUCCAACGAAGUGCCUUAGACACACAUUUGUCUUCGGGUAAUUCGUCAUUUGUACCAGAUGCGGAUCUUAGGAUGCUGAACAUCAUCUCGUGGUUCAGAAUUAACGGCUACAAUCCACAGAAUGGACCAAUUUUCGAUGGAUUCCGGGUGGGAAAUAGAUUCUAUCCUAGUGUUGGGGGUGUAAUUCCUUUCUAUACGGUUCCAUUAAAGGGGACUCCGGUUUUUCUGAUCAGAACUGGCUUCUAUACAUCGAUGAGACCAGCUAUCGGAUCGGUGCUGUUGAAUGUCAACACCGUAACCUCGGCCUUCUUCCCUCCAGAAGUAUUAAGUACUUGGAUCAGAUUGCGUUGGGAACAAGAAAUUCCGCCAGUCAAUGAGCAAAAUGACCUCAUAGGCCUUCGAGUCACUUUUAGCGGCGAUGGUGCGAAUCCUAAAACGAGAGUCAUUCGUGAUGUCCAUAAUCUAAACGUUGAUCAAGUCACCUUCACGCCUACGGAUGCCAAUGGGGCUCCGGGACAGAUCACCUCUGUUUAUAACCACAUGAGAAAUAAAUAUCACUUGCUGAGGUUCAUUCCCUCUACCUGCUGCUUGAAUAUGGGAACAGUAACCGACCCGAAAUGGUACCCGGCCGAUAACCUGCGGAUCGUUGCGGGACAAAUAUUCAAGAAGCAACUUUCGGAAAAUUUGGGCAGCCAAAUGAUAAAGAUUGCUCAGAACGAGCCUGAAAAUAACAAGAGAUUAAUUCUGAGAGGGGCAUUGCUGUCUCUAGGAAUCCCAGCUACCACGGGUUCCUUCUCGCAAUUUGGCCUCAGUAUUAAUCAUGAAUUUGAAGAGGUCGUUCCUAGAUACCUUCGUCAGCCCACGCUGGUAUUUAAAGGAGGUUCUCAGUUUAACAUAUCCACGCAGGAAAAGAACAAAUCUUCCUGGAUGCUCAAGAACAACAAUCGCAUCUUUCAAUUUGCUGGAACUGGAAAUUCGAUUUCUAGUCUGAAUAUCAUUCUGCUCAACACCGGCAACAAUGUUAGUCAAGAUCAAGUGAGGAAGUUUGCCCAAGAUUUAAGCAGAAAAAUUGGAGACUAUGGUGUCACUUUUGCAGGUCGUGAAAAUAUCUCUAAUGCCACAUUCUCGCGAAAUAGGGUGAGCUUUUGUACUAGACUUAAUGCAGCCCUAGCAAUUUUAAGUUCAAAUAAUGGCGGCAGAAACCCGAGAUUGCUUCUCGUAGUAGUUCCCGACAAGGAUAUACGUACCUAUGCGAAUAUAAAGUGGUGGGGUGACUGCGUCGCUGGUAUCCCGACAAUUUGCAUCACCAGAGGGGUACUUACCAAAGGGAAGAAAGUCAAUCAUAGAUUUCAAUCAGACAUUGGAGUUAUUUCUAAUAUCAGUCUCAAGAUAAACUUCAAAUUAGGAGGUAUUAGUCAUUUCCUUAACGACGGGGCAAGCCAAAGAAUCUUUUGGGCUGGUGCGAAGGCAGAUACGAUGAUCGUUGGAGCGGAUGUUUCACAUGCUGGUAAAGGUAGGGAUGCGACGUGCCCUUCAAUGGCAGGGGUUGUAGCUACUUGUGAUCAGCUAUGCUCUAAAUACUUUGCAUCCGCUCGCCUCCAAGAAAACAACACUGAGUCGAUCGCAGACCUAGCCGACAUGAUUGGAGAACGUCUUGAUAAAUACGGAAGAGUGAAUAAUUCUCUACCAGAACAUAUACUCUUCUACCGCGACGGUGUGAGCGAAAGUCAGUAUGGAAUGGUUGUAAACGAUGAGAUCCCUCUCAUUAAAGCUGGCUGCAGGGCGGCAGGUGCAAGAGGUGGAAAGGGCGAUAACUGGUGUCCUAAAAUUACUCUAAUCGUAGUCGGAAAGCGUCAUCACACCCGCUUCUUUCCCAAACUGGCGAAAAACGAUGACUUCAACAACAACCUUCCAUCCGGCUUGGUCAUUGAUUCAGGGGUAGUUACGCCUAACCAUUUCAGUUUCUAUCUUCAAAGCCAUGAUAGCGCCCUCGGAACAGCAAGAAGCGCGCAUUACAUUGUAAUCAUAAAUGAGAGUGAUUACACGCCGGAAAGUAUUCAAGAAACGACGAACACCAUUUGUUUCACUGGUUCUAGGGCAUUCAAAGCUUUGUCUGUUUGUACGCCGGCUAAAUACGCGGAUAUCUUAUGUGAUCGCAUGCGUUGUUAUAUGAAGCCGGCUCUAGACAAUGAUUUUGCUGCCACUUCUCCCAAUGAUCUGAAUUUCUAUCGAAGCAAUGUCAAUAUUUGGAAUACUCUUGGUCAGAACAGGACUAAUCCGUGGCAUCGUGAUCUUAACGAUCUGAUGUUUUAUCUCUGA